AUGACAACUGACCCGUACUAUACAAUGACUACUAUUAGUAAUUUGAAUACUCUUCCUGAAAUGGAAAUACUUGCCUCUUUAAAAGAAAUUGCUACUGUGACCAAAGAAACAUGGGGCAAGAAGGACUGGUGUAAUAAACUUGACGAAACUAUGAAAAUGACUAAUGGAACAGCAGUAAGAAAUAUUAUAUCAAGUGUUACUUGUAAUAAAAUUAUGGUGGCAAGUGGUAUUAAAGACUUUGGAUUUAAUGAUAUUGUUCGACCUGAACCAAAACGCCUUCGUGGAAUACUCAGUGCAAUCAUUAAUUUGUUAAGAUUUAAAGAAUGCAAGGCUGAUUUAUCAAAAAAAUAUGAAGAUGAAUAUAACAAUUAUCUUGUAGCUAAUGCAAAGCUAACAGAAAAAUCUAGCUCACUUCUUGCACAGUUAAAUAAUUUAAAAUUAUGCCGUAAAGAACAAGAGCCUGAAGUAUCAAAUUAUCAGAGAGAGAAUGCAAAUCUUACAAGUAAUAUGCGAGAAAUUAAAAGACAACAGCAAUCAUUAUUAAAAGAAAUAUCUAAUCUAAAAGCUGCUAGACUUGAAUUGAUUGAAAAGAUUAAUAAUACUAAUUACCAUAAAGUAACAACACAACAAAUCAUUGACAAACUUAAAGGACGCAUUGUGUUAAAUCCAGACAAAAUUAAACAAAAUAAUGAAGAGCUAAACAAUAAUUUAUUACGUGAAAAAAAAGAACUUGCACUAUAUGAGAAAACAUUUAACGAUCUUCAGAUUAAGAUAAAUAUGUUAAACAUUAUAACUGAAGUAUAA